AUGUUGCGACUUGCACCAGAGGCCCUCUUAAUACCUCGGGUCCAAGCCCGAGUGGGCUGGGAACCACGAAUGCAAGGCAUCAUGGUGCCCAGUACCACCAGUGCUGAGAACCCUAUUGAAAUGGCUCAGAUUAUUAUUUUUUCCAUUGGUAAAAGUGGUACUGCAGCUUACACUGCUAACAUUGUCAUUCUCGCAUCGAGUGAUGCCAACCCAAAGCUUUAUUUUUAUCAUGACAGUGUUACAUUCAGUGUAAUAAAUGUGUUCCUUUCCUCUCUUUUCAAGAUUCACUUUCAAUUUGACCAGGUUGAUUCUCCUGCUGUAGUUGUCCCAGAUCAAUCUGAAAAUGAAGCGGUAAAGAGGCUGAUGAAAGAGGCUGCUGAACUGAGGGAUCCCACAGAGCACUACCAUGCCCAGCCACUGGAAGAUAACCUCUUUGAAUGGCACUUCUCCGUACGCGGGCCCCCAGAUUCCGAUUUUGAUGGUGGAGUUUACCACGGCAGGAUUGUGCUUCCCCCAGAGUACCCCAUGAAGCCCCCCAGCAUCAUCCUCCUCACACCGAAUGGAAGAUUCGAAGUUGGGAAGAAGAUUUGUCUGAGCAUCUCUGGCCAUCAUCCAGAGACCUGGCAGCCCUCUUGGAGCAUCCGAACUGCCCUAAUAGCUAUAAUCGGAUUCAUGCCAACAAAAGGAGAGGGAGCAAUAGGAUCUCUUGAUUAUACCCCAGAAGAGAGGAGGGCCCUUGCCAAAAAGUCCUCGGACUUCUGCUGUGAGACGUGUGGCUGCUCCAUGCGCUCUGCUCUCCUGGCUCUGACCCCCAACAGCAACCCCAGUGCCGAAGACCACAAGGCUAAAGAACUGGCUCAGCAAAUCAACUUCAAGGCAGAGUCCAGUUUAUCCAGACAGGCAAGUGAGAGCGGAGGUGCAGAAAGUGAGCCUUCCACACUCACCCAGGGAGACACCUCCACAUCUCUAGGCCAGGAAGCUGCUGACAGGCCCCGGGCUGAACAGGCAGAGGCAUCUCCAGCCACAGGAGUAGAGGAACCCCGGCCCUGCGAUCGCCCUCUCAGCCCCCGGCAGCGUCGUGCCCAGCAGCACAACCAGCAAGGCCAGAGAGAUGGCAGAGAUCCAGCCAGCAGACCAGUCUUCACCCCGGCUCCUCAACAACCUCAGGAUGAAAACCAUGCAGGCUCAGCAGUCCUUAUCCUGGUGCUCACUCUGGCCCUGGCCGCACUCAUCUUCCGUAGGAUCUACUUGGCUCACGAGUACAAGUUUGACUAUGAGCUGUGACAUACCUCCCCCCAAGUCAACCCCUUCUGCCACCACCCUAACAGAACUACGACCCGCUGAAGUGGAGCCGAGGCGGUGGCUGACGCUGACAUUCUGCCCUCCCUGCUUGUCAGCAGAUGGUUCAAUCUCCACUGAGGGGAAACUUUCAUUCCUGCAGGAGACGCUCCACUCACCACAACACCUCCAGGUGUCUUCAAUGUGAAUUUUAAUCUCCAGAGUGUCAUGCAUUUUUAAGAACGGGAAGCUUUGUUGUGUUUGUGAUCAGUUCAGCAACCACACACACACACCACAUGUCCCCUUUCAUAUAAUUGUUGUAUAUCCUAGGACUGCUGCUUGUUCCCAUUAUUUAAUUAAAACUGUAAUAUGAAAUGUCAACAACAUGAAAUAAUUUUUGUCUCAAGGUAAUUAUUUAAUCAUGGAAGCAUCUGCACAGAGUUUAUGUGCUAUAAUGACUUCUUCUUUAUGUGCUUUAAUUUCCUGUUAGGUCAGGUCACUCACACCAUAUAGGGCUCUAUUUUAAUGGUGCAAGUACAACAAAGUGUUAUACCAACAUUGUGCAUUUCAAGAAUAAAACACGAAAUGCCAAUGUAGUUUAAAAAGUUGGAAAGGAGGCAGUGAUGCACAGGAUUGAUGAGCCCUGGCGAUAAUCUGACGUCUCCCAAAUAAACAGGCAGAAUGCUGGGUUAUUACUGACCAGUCUGACAGAGGUGUGUGGUGUGAGGUGUGACCUUGUACAUCAGAGGCUGCUGAUUUCAGAAAUACUUUAGUGUACAUAUGUUUAUCAACAUAUGUGUCCUGCUGCCUUUAGAUGGCUGCAGAGAUUUAAUGAACUGAAGGAGAAGCUUUACAGUAAAGCAGCUGUGGUCAACAGAUACAGUAACAGCAAUCAAUGCAGACUGCUUUAACAACAUUUGUGUGUUACACCAUGUUCUGUGGCCACUGUAAUGUGUGACUGCAGGGGUGCUGUUGUAGAAAGUGUGAUAACAUCCCUGCAAGUAAGUAGUGAAGAACGUGCCUUGAGGUCACAAUUUCUGACACAGGCCAUCAGAAAAUAUGACCCUACAGUAGCUAGGAAUAAAAAUGUUCCAUCCAAAUAUUGUCAGGUACUUGCCCUUUCUCGCACCCCUUGAAGAUUGAAUAACAUUAAUAUCAUUUAAUAAUAACAACCACUUGUAGAAGUGUGACAGAAUCCUUGCAACAGCCCCUUCUGCGGUCAGACAUUAAAGGGGAACUCCACCAUUUUUACACAUCAAAGUCUGUUUACAGGGCCUGGGGAGUUCUACUGCAUAUUUGAAAAAAAGUUGUAUAAGCCUUUUGUGUCUCCAGAGGGAGCUGUGUGAAGUCUGAUAAAUGUCCUCAAGUGAUGUCACUUAAGUCAGCGUCACUUGGGGCUGAAGACUACAAGUUUGAAAAUGAAAGAAAUCUGGGGGUGUGGAGUUAAAAAGAAGUGAUCUUACCAGACCUCUGUAGCCCACUCCUCAUCUCCACUUGAGGCUAGAGGCUCUAGCAUAACACACCCCAAUCUCUGACUGCACUGUCAGUGGUCGAGUUGCAUUUUGGGUAAUGCAACCACCAGGUUUUGACAAGGAAGAAGAAUGUGUGGAAUAAAAAGACAAUAUCUAGUUCUGCUGCAUCAAUUUUGAUCCUUUUUGUUUUGAAACUGUCCAUCGUGAGUCUGACAAUGUUAUAGGAGUGUAAUGCUAAAUCAGUGGAGUACUCUGAUCAGUGGCCACAGAAUAUGGUGUAAGACCUGCUAUAAUCACAUUAAACUUUAAUUUUAAAGGCAAUUUAAAUGCAUCUACCGAUUGGAGAGUGUUUAAUUGACAUUGUUUAUUUAAAGUUUCAAGUAUUGUUUCAUAAUUGCUAGAAAGCUGCAGUUUGCUCUUGUUGACAAUUUCACCAAAUAGCUAAUGUAGUGACUUUGCUCUAGAAACAGACGUGGUUCUAAGACAUCUGUUCUAACUACCUGCUUUGUAGCUUUGUACCUGCGCUAAACACCAUACCAAAAGCACAAAGAGAAUCUCAAGGUCAGGAAAAUACUCAAAUGUCGGUUCGCAGCUUGCACUGGUCGUUGUGCCUCCACUGAAAUAGAGCCCAUAGUGUAAUAAUUGCCAGCAGUUAUGUGAAGGGAAUGAGUUGACUGAUCCAGAAUCCGCUAAAUACAACAUGUUUACUGAAGUACAGCAUGAGGGCAGAGUGCUUAGUAUGACUCAGGCAAUGUCUUUUAUUAUACCUACACAUCGCACAGGGAAUAUGUAUCAUUGCUGUUACCUUUAAAUAAUCCUGAUGAUGGAUUAGGUAAUUGUCAGGUCCUAAUGUGGGUAAAAUACAUUUAGCUAUCCUUGUCAUCUCACAGUUUCUAAUACAUGUAGCUGUGAAUAAUCCUAACCACCUAUGCAGUGAUUAUGGGAGUUCAGACGCAAAACGUCUGAUUAUCUAUAGCUACUAUAGCACAGGAAAUUAGCUUUGUAUUGAGAUGUUCAGUUGGACAGACUAUUUGUUCUUUCUUUCUUGUGUCAGUAGAACCUGAGUUUGAUUUAGGAUUUUUAGCUCAUUCUCACUGUGCUCUGUGUAGAAUUAAUUUUAGUAGUUGAUGUUUUAUUCAAAACCACAAAUGUAAACCUCAUGGUGGCACUAGAGGUUAAGUCAGAGGAUCACCAAAGUCAUUAGGAUACAUUGUCACCGCGAAUAUCUGUACCAAGUGUUGUGCCAAUUCAUAGAGUAGAUGUUAAGAUAUUUCACUGAAUAAGUGAAAACUCUGACCUGUUGGUGGGUCAGGGGAUCACUAAAGUCAUCAGGAUACAUCUUCUGGACACAAUCUGUACCAAAUUGCAUGCGAAUUUAUUCAAUAGUUGUUGAGAUAUGACUAUAAAAGAAAAAUGUCAGCAUUAUGAUGGCGCUACAGGAAAUGUCAGGGGAUCACCAAAGUCAGUAGGAUUCAUCCUAUGAGCACCAUAAAUGCCUGUACAAACCUUCAUGGCAAUCCAUCCAGUAGUGGUGGAGCAACCAACUGAUAGACCGACAUUGCCAUCCCCAGAGCCAUGCCACUAGUUUGGUUAAAAUAACCCUAAGACACUGAAACUUUACUUACAGGUAAGUAAACCUUUCUCACUUUCUGCCCUAUAAACGCACUAAACACAUAUUUGGUCAAAGUUGAGUUAAAGCAUAAGGCUGAUGGGGUUUUUUUUGUCAUUGUCAACAAAUCCUAUAAAAAUAAAAGUAAACAGCUAAACUACA